ACAGAGCUCUGACUGACAGACAGACAGACAGUGAGAGAGACAAGAUUACCAAGAAGAGAAAGAAAACAGUGUGAAUUCAAGAACUAAGAGAACGAAUGAAAGAAGAACAAGGAAGGACAAAUAAGAGUGGAAGAGAGCUGUAAAGUAGAGGUGGUGUGCACUGACACGGAUCAAUCACUCUCCUCCACUGUUAGUUUGGAAAUGUAGUGCGUCUGUCUGUCCAUAUAGCUUCUUGGUUAAUCAGUGCUCUUGUGAUACAGUAAAAGUGUCACAGCUUCAAAAUCAUUCUAUCAGUAUAAACCUUUAAAGAAACAAAAAAUACACAAAAAAAUAAUAAAAUUUGAAGAAAAAAAAAGUGAAUCUAUUCAAGUGUUAUUGGGUCAUUGUGACUGUCGGCACAGAAUCUAUCAGUUAGAAAAUCUGUUGACCUGACUGAUAAAAAGCUGUAAUCUAACCGGCCUACACAUCUCAAUGGCUCCCAAGAAGAAGUCACCACGCCCUAAGAAGUCCAUUCCUGAACCAACAACAGUUGAGAGUGGAGUGGUUGUCCCAGAGCCCAGUGUUAAGAAGCUGGAGCUUCCUCUUAAUGUUGAGCAGCUGAACCGGCUCAAUGGGGUGCCCCUGCCACCCCCUGUGAUUCGACCUGGAGAGAGAGGUUUUGGCCUGGGCAGUGAGCUCACCCGCCCCUUGCAUGGAUCCACUCUGCUGGAGGAGCUGAGCCGCAUGAGACAAGAACGAUUCCUCACUGAUAUGGAAAUGGCCUGCAAAACCAAGGCAUUUGAUGUCCACAAGCUCGUAAUUUCCUCAGUCAGCCAGUAUCUACGUGAAGUCCUGGCCAAGGACCCUGGACUCAAACGACUGGAACUCCCUACCCUCUCACCUCUUGGACUUGCCAAUGUGAUUACGUUUGCUUACCUGGGCCGUGUGCACAUGUCCCUAUACACCAUUGGCUGCACUGUGUCUGCAGCCAGCACCCUGCAAAUCCCUCAUCUUCUCCAGAUGUGCAUGGACUUCCUGAUGUCCGAACUGAAUGUGCACACUUGUGUGUAUGUGUGGAACAUCGGCGCUGCAUAUGGUUUGAUGCCUGUUCGAGAGGCCGCCCGGCGCUACAUUCUGGAGAAUUUGACCCAGUUUUCUGAGACAACCCAAUUCAACCAACUCACCCUGGAGCAGAUCACAUCUUUCCUGCAAGAUGACAACCUAUCUCUUCCUUCAGAGGUCAUCACCUUUCAGAUUGCAAUGAAGUGGAUAGACUUUGACCCAAAGAGGCAGGAACAUGCUGCAGAACUGCUGUCUCACGUGCGCUUUGAGACCAUCCCUGCGAGUAAGCUGGUUAGUGAGAUCCAGCCAGUGGCACGCAUGAUGCUAGAUCCUCAGUGUCACCGUCUUCUGGUGGAUGCCAUGAACUACCAUUUGCUGCCCUACCAGCAGAACACACUGCAAUCACGGCACACAAAGGUCCGUGGAAGCCAGAAUGCUCUUCUAACCAUUGGGGGUCGUCCUUCACUAACUGAGCGUGCCCUAAGUCGAGAGGUGCUUUGGAGAGAUCCACGAGAGGGAACAGCUACAUGGCGUCAUCUUACUCAGCUGCCAGCCAAGAGUUUCAACCAGUGUGUGGCUGUGAUGGAUGGAUUCCUGUAUGUGGCAGGAGGAGAAGAUCAGAAUGAUGCCCGAAACCAGGCUAAACAUGCUGUUGGCACCCUUAGCAGAUACGAUCCUCGCUUCAACACUUGGCUACAUCUUACCAGCAUGCGCCAACGACGUACCCAUUUCAGUUUGGUGGCCACUGGUAGGCGGCUGUAUGCCAUUGGUGGCCGCAACACUGAUGGCCUCUUGGCCACCAUUGAGAGCUACCAGCCCUCUACCAACACUUGGCAGCUCCGUACACCAAUGGAUAUGCCACGAUGCUGCCAUGCCAGUGCUGUCCUUCCAUCGGGAGACAUCUUGGUGACUGGUGGGUAUGUUAACUGCGCUUACUCUCGCUCUGUAAUUCAUUAUAGCAUUGACAGCGACACUUGGAGCGAGCAGGGAGAAUUGGAAACACCUCGUGGCUGGCACUGCUCUGCAACAGUAGGUGGCAAGGUGUACGUGGUAGGAGGUAGCCAGCUUGGUCCUGGUGGAGUCCGCAUUGAUGUGAUGACCAUGGAGGUCUUCAACCCUGAGAGCAAGGAGUGGACCAGAGCUGCUACCCUGCCCCUGGGAGUGAGCACAGCUGGUAUGUCUCCACUGGGAAAUCACCUGUACCUGCUAGGUGGAUGGAAUGAAGCAGAAAAACGUUACAAGUCAGCAGUCCAACGCUAUGACCCAGGCACUGACAACUGGUCAGCAGUGGAAGACCUGCCAGAACCCAUAGUGGGAGUGUCCUGUUGUGCCCUUCCCUUGCCCCCACGCCACACGACCCGCAGACACCGGCACACACCUUCCCAUGAAGAUCAGAGCAGUGUGACACAGCAUAACACUGCAUGAGAAAGAAAAGCUGGGGAAAGACAGAGCAAGAAAGAGACAGGGUGAAAGGAGAGUAGAGAAAGGAGAGGAGAGAGUGCAGAAAAAGACAGCAAGAGAGAGAGUGAGGUGAAAUAGAAAUUGAGUAGAAUGUAAAGAAUAACAACAUGAAGGGAAAAGCAAAGUAGUCUUUGUUUUUAAGUCUUGUUCUUAAAACUCCAAAGCUGCAUUAGGUAUACAGCGAGUUCAAAGAAAAGGUACUACCUAGGGCCCACUUAUAAAGAAUGUGAAAGGUACAUUUCACAAGAGCCUCUGCAGUGUGAGGAAUUUAGUGAGGUAUCUGCUUAUGAGUUUCUGUGAAUGAGUUUUAGAAAUUGAGCCAUACAGUUCUAUUGAAAAUACUAUAAUGGGAUUAUCACCAUUUUAAUUCAGUAGUACUGAAUUAAGUCGUAUCAGUUUAUUUAUUUCUCAAAAUUUUUUUUAAAUCAAGUUUAUCAGUUUUCUCUCUUAAUAACCAAACCCAAUAACUGCAAAAAUUUUCAGUGGUACAUGCAGAGGUACAACGCAAAAGUCAAUACGCCCUUCAGACACACAGUUAAGCACCAAACCAUUGAUACUGCCCACCAAAGAAUGUGCUUAAUACCACACAUAUUAACCAACAUGAUUCAUAGACUAGCUAUGAAUUGAA